ACAACCUCUACCACCACAUCAUAUGUGAGAGACAGCCACGAGUCUCUUCUUUUUCAACACACCGUGUCGGCAAAAGCCUCUCGUCACUUCUCUCUGACGCUUGUCGUCACUCCUUUUAAAUUAUUUUAAAGUUAUUGAACCGAACCGAAACGAAACGGUGCGUUUUGUAACUCACCGUCGCCGGGAAAAAGAACAUGAGGAAGGAAGUUUUGCCGCCGGUGCUAUCAACCACCACAGUGUGUUUCGAGAAGAAGCCAUUAAUUGCUACAUUACUAGCUCUCUCUCUCGUCAUGAUUAUCUGGAACCUUCCUCCUUACUACCACAACCUCAUCUCCACCGCUCGUCCCUGCUCCGCCGUCACCACCACCACCACCACCAUACUUUCCUCAUCGAACUUCACAGCGGCGGCGAAUUUCACCACCUCUCUCUCAACCACAACUGCUGCUGCUUCUCAGAAGUACGAUUCAACUCCCUCAGAUCCGAACAAACGCGUUUUCCAAGCGUUCGGAAACGCGGCGGCGUUAUUCGUACUAAUGGGAGCUUACCGCGGCGGUCCAGCGACGUUUUCCGUUAUCGGACUCGCGUCAAAACCAAUCCACGUUUUCGGGAAGCCAUGGUACAAGUGUGAGUGGAUAUCUAACAAUGGAACUUCGAUUCGAGCUAAAGCACAGAAGAUUUUACCAGAUUGGGGCUAUGGACGAGUCUACACCGUCGUCGUCGUCAAUUGCACUUUCAAUUCAAACCCUAACUCCGAUAACACCGGAGGUAAACUCAUUCUCAACGCUUACUACAACGAAUCUCCGAAACUCUUUGAACGAUUCACUACUUUAGAGGAAUCAGCUGGAAUCUACGACGAAUCGAAAUACUCGCCGCCGUAUCAGUACGAUUACCUCUACUGUGGCUCGUCUCUGUACGGAAACGUGAGCUCGUCGCGUAUGAGAGAGUGGAUGGCUUACCACGCUUGGUUCUUUGGUGACAAAUCGCAUUUUGUUUUCCACGAUGCUGGUGGAGUGUCGCCGGAAGUUAGGAAGGUUCUUGAGCCUUGGAUUCGAGCCGGGAGGGUCACGGUUCAGAAUAUUAGGGAUCAGUCGCAGUAUGAUGGUUACUACUAUAAUCAGUUUCUUAUUGUUAAUGAUUGUUUGCAUCGGUAUCGAUAUGCUGCGAAUUGGACCUUCUUCUUUGAUGUUGAUGAGUACAUAUAUCUGCCGCAUGGGAAUACACUUGAAUCUGUGCUCGACGAGUUCUCGGUUAACACGCAGUUUACGAUUGAGCAGAAUCCAAUGUCUAGUGUUCUUUGCUUAAAUGACUCCUCUCAAGAUUAUCCCAGGCAAUGGGGAUUUGAGAAGUUGGUGUUUAAGGAUUCAAGAACAAACAUACGACGUGAUAGGAAAUAUGCGAUCCAAGCGAAGAAUGCAUUUGCGACAGGAGUUCACAUGUCUGAAAACAUAGUAGGCAAAACACUACACAAGACAGAGACAAAGAUCCGUUAUUACCAUUACCACAACACCAUAACUGUGCAUGAGGAGCUUUGCAGAGAGAUGUUACCAAAUUCAGCCAAGAAGAAGGUGACAUUGUACAAUAAGCUUCCGUAUGUGUAUGAUGACAACAUGAAGAAGCUAGUGAAGACGAUUAAAGAGUUUGAGCAGAAAAAACUUGGGACCGAUGUGAAGAAUUUCUCAUGACCAGAAUAUAACUGUAAUCUCUCUGAUAAGCAUUUUGUCUAUAAAGGUAUAGUUGUUUCUGUUUACUUGUAUCAUUUUUCGUUCUGUUUUACUAUUUCAUUAAUGACUUUAAUCAAUAUUUUUUUAAUUAGUUGUGUUUUCUUUUGUUGUGUAUUGAACUAAAUAGAAAUCAGAGUUAAUCAAGACUUUGGACAUCA